AAAACUCCAAACAUCCAACAUUUCAAAGCUUCCACCAUAAUGUUUCGGGAUCCAGGGCAUACAACGUCAAUUCUCACCCACUGCAAUCGGCCACGCAUUCACAGCGUCACCAUGGCCCACUCAUAAUCAGAUCGCAUCGUCGGUAUCAUGAGAUCGAAGGUGACGAAGAAGACGAAAACUUCCCAAGCUGUUGAAUUCCUCCUAGCCGCCUAAUUCCUCCUAAGAGCCAAUCGACCUCUCCACCUCACGCUGAGCACGUCAGCCCUGCAAGUAGCCGAGAUGGCGUGUGCGCACAGCGGCGCGUGGCGUAGCAAGGAGGCAGUAGAGAUGGGUUCAAGCCCGACUGGAGGGCGCGAUCCCGGACACGCUACGAGGAGGGAGGGCGUGGACCGGCGCAGGCGCACAGGGGGUGCGAGGGAAGCCGCUGGCCGGCUCGGGGACCGCACCGCCGCAGCUAAGGGUACCUGAACUUGAAACUCAAAAAGACGGAGAAGCCGUCGACGGAUGUGAGAGAAUCGUUUACAGUCAACACGUCAACUGCAACUUGGCACUUUGAUGUACGAUGUCACAUCGAUCAUCAGGUGCGACAUGUUCACCUCCAGCCAGGUCAGGAUGGGGAAAAUAAAGGCGCUCAAGUUAACUAUCGGAUGCUAUAGCUCAAGAAUUGAACUCAAAAGACUCUCGGAUCCACCAGGCACUCUGUCUCCGAGUCGAAGCUCCCGUCGGUACCCUGGCAAAAUAGGUCCUCUGACCGGAGAGAUCAGCUGUGGGCCACAUCACCGCCUAGACAGGAUCUUGGACUUACCAGCGGGUCUGCACG